CUCCGAAUCGCCUUCCAGAAGCUUGUCGCGGAAUGCCUCACGUGGUACGCCUCCUGCCUUGGCCGUGCGCCAAGAUGCCUGUCCCGAUCACAAGGCGCUCCCCUCCAGCCCUUCACCGAUCAUCCUUGCCCUUCCGUGCAGACACACUAUUAAUUUGAUGCUUUUGCUUUUGCUUCCCUCUUUGGGUCCACGCCUGACUAUUUGAGCUGGCCCUUGUCCGGCUGACCAGCCCGCCAUGCCAGGUCUUCUAGGCUUGAUUUGACCCCCUAUCCUCCCUGGUGUAGCAGCUGCCGUUCUCACUACGGCCAGUUUUACUUACUACUACUACCAGUGCAUAGCAAGCAAUCAGUCUAAUGCAGAACUGAGUGAAUACUAUAUACCAUACUACACUUGCCAUCCACUCUUCCGCUUUUCGUAGACGUCAUUCACCUGCCAUGCAUACGAUACCCAUCACCGUUUCUUUAUACGCCUUCCUAGCGACGACCUUUCUGUUCUCCUGCUCCGCUUAUGUUGCACAGGCACCGCUGAGCGAUGACAAGUGCACCGAAACAACGGUGGCCAUCUUGGGUGGAGGGAUGGCCGGCAUUGCAGCUGCACAAGCCUUGUCCAACGCAUCUAUCGACGACUUUAUCAUCCUCGAAUAUCGCGAUACCCUAGGUGGCCGUGUCUGGCAUACGGACUUCGGCAAGGAUAAACAAGGCAAGCCAUACGUGAUUGAGCUAGGAGCCAACUGGCUCCAAGGGCUCGGCUCCGAAGCUAUCGAGAAUCCAGUCUGGGCACUAGCCAAAAAAUACAGUCUCAAAAACACCUACUCUAACUAUAGCUCCAUCCGAACAUACAACGAAACCGGCUACACCGACUACCGCUAUUUGCUCGACGAAUACGCGCAAGCCUAUCACAUCGCCGCCCGCGAUGCUGGCCGCAUUCUGACCCAGAACCUACAAGACCAAACCGCACGCACCGGGCUCGCCCUCGCCGGCUGGAGACCACGCAAGAAUGACAUGGCGGCACAAGCCGUGGAAUGGUGGAGCUGGGACUGGGAAGACGCACAUACGCCCGAAACCAGCUCCUUGGUCUUCGGCAUCGCCGGCGAGAACCUAACCUUCAACCAAUUCGGCAAAGCCAACCACCUCGUCCUCGACCCGCGCGGCUACAGCACCAUCAUUCAAAACGAAGCCCUCGGUUUCCUACCCAACCCCUCUGAUGGCCGCCUACGCCUUAAUACCCGCGUCACUCGCAUUGAAUACUCCCCAAGGGGCGUAACAAUCCACACCACCAACGACAACAACAAAAACAGCAACACCUGCAUCCGAGCGGCCUACGCAAUCUGCACCUUCUCCCUGGGCGUCCUCCAAAACAAAGCUGUAACCUUCGACCCACCCUUGCCCUCCUGGAAACAAACCGCCAUCGAGAAAUUCAACAUGGGCACCUACACCAAGAUUUUCAUGCAAUUCCCAGAGACCUUUUGGCCCACAGACACGCAAUUUUUCCUAUACGCUUCCCCAACAACAAGAGGCUACUACCCUGUCUUCCAAUCCCUCUCCACAGAGAACUUCCUCCCUGAAUCAAACAUCCUCUUCGCCACCGUGGUCGACGAACAAGCCUACCGCGUUGAACGCCAAUCCUUGACUCAAACGAAGGACCAGAUCCUCGAUGUUCUAAGAGAGAUGUUCCCUGAUAAACACAUCCCUGAGCCUACGGCGUUUACUUACCCCCGCUGGACGAAUGAACCCUGGGUCUACGGCAGCUACUCCAACUGGCCGGCGGGAACGACCCUUGAGAUGCAUCAGAAUCUGCGGGCGAAUACGGGCCGGUUGUGGUUCGCAGGCGAAGCGACCAGUGCGGCGUAUUUCGGGUUCUUGCAUGGUGCGUGGUAUGAGGGGCGCGAUGCGGGUGAGAAUGUUGCCGCGCUGUUGCAGGGGAGGUGUGUUGAGGAUGUUAGUACUGCGAGUACUGCUAGUGGGAAAGAAGAGAAGGAGGAAGCGUGUGGAGAGAGGGUAUUUUAUGAGCAGUUAAAUGGGACUACGCCGCUGGAUGCGUAUAGUCGGUUGAACGGGUGGCCGGCGGUAAGUUACUACUAGAAGUAGUAUGGCUUUGUAGGGUCUGCUUUACUUUGUUGUUGGAUAGAUUGGAUGGAUGGAUGGCGUUGGCAUGGGAAAUUACUUUUUGGAAUUUCACAUUCGUCUGCAUCAUGUAGCGCAAUAAUUUUGAAUUAUACAUCAACUGGC